UAACGUGAUAUUUAAUAUAAAAUUAAUAUGUUUGGAAAUAAGAAACAUAAUUUACCAUCUAGACCUAAUUUUCCGAAUCCUGAGCAUAUGUUAGAAGAUCUUUCUAACGCAUCGGCGGAUGACGUUGCAUUUAAAGUAGUGAAUAAAGAUGAAAUCCAAACAGAAAAUUUAUAUAUUUUGUCUAAUGACGAUAAUUCCGAGGACAUUUACAAAAAAGUAAAAAUUUAUUUGAACGUUAAAGAACAAUUGAAACAAUUGGGAACAAUUUUAAAAAGAGAACAAGAACAAUUACAAACGGAUAACGAAGAAAUAAGAGCACUUGCAGAUAGCAUCAGAAAACAAGCACAAGCUGCUCUUAUAACGUGAUAUGUGUCCUCUAUUAAUAAAAUAAUUUAUAGACUGCAAAUAUAUUUUAUUAUCUAUAUCAAAUGUAAACUAAUUAUUUAAUUAAAAAUUAUUUUUAUUAGAGCAUCAAAUUAUAUAAGCCAUAAUUUAUUGUAUACAGAGAAGUAAAAUCUUCUACAAUAUAAUAUAGUUAUAGACAUUAUAACUAUGAAUUGUAAAGAAACUUUAAUUUAUGAAUAAAAUGCGUAAAAUAU